CUGAAUUUCAGAUAAUUAAUACUUUGAAAGUGCUGGUCUCAGCGAAAAUUGUGAGCUCUUUGCUGCCACAUUUACAGAGUUGGAAAGACUUUCUGGCUUUUGACCAGAAGUCAAGCCUAAAAUGAAUAGGAAAUGGUUCUUCCUACUGGUCGGAGAGGCCAAUACGCAGCAGACCCGAACCUGCUUUUUUUCUGGAAGGGGAACACCCGGAGGCCUCUAUUGGUUCCUUUCAUCUGGUCCAUGGGGACUUAAAUUCAUAGCAGGGACUAGCGGUGUUUGCAGCUGGACUAGGAAGAGGAGAAGACUUGGUGACCUUUCAGGUUGCUCAAGUUGCCUUUGCGAGUGGCAGCUGAAGCUGAAGGGCUCUGAACCAGACAGCUUCUUGAAAGCUGUGCUGUUUGAGGGAUCAGCAUUUCUCUGAAGACUUGCCAGAUGGAUUUCCAGAGCUGGUGUGCCUUCUCCCUGGCGAUGUUGCUGUGCUCUGCUCUUCAGACAUCGGCCAUUCAACUGCCUACAUCUCACAACUGCACCAGCAUUGGCCAAAAAAUAUCCUUCAGCCACUCGUACAAGAUUGAUGUGCCCACAUCCUCUCAGAUCAAGGUGGAGGCAGAUCCGUUACAGCAUGAAGACAGCAGUGAGGUGCAGCUGGAUCCUGGGGAGGCUGAGGAAAAUGAAGAGCAGAAUAUCAUCUUCAGGCACAAUAUCCGCUUGCAUACCCCCAAAGGGGUCUGUGAAACUUUGGACCACAUUAAGGGCCUGCUUGAGAGGAUGGAAAAGUUGGAGAAAGAAGUGGCAGAGCUGAGAGAGCUCUGCAGCCCUCAGACGUGCUGUGGGGGAAGCAGAGGUGUCUCACAUUGCAGCAGCCAUGGGACAUUCCUCUAUGAGACUUGUAGCUGUAAAUGUGCUGAGGGCUGGGAAGGCAGUGACUGCUCCCACCCCACCUGCCCCAACCACUGCAACAGCCAUGGGCGCUGCGAUGGUGGAAGCUGCAUCUGUGAUGAGCCUUACUUUGGUGAGGACUGCAGCCAGCAGCUCUGCCCUGGGAACUGCAGCGGCAACGGGAUCUGUGACACAGCUAAAGGGGUCUGCCAGUGCUACGAGGAGUUCAUCGGAGAGGACUGCAGCGAGAAACGAUGUCCUGGGGACUGCAGCGGCAAUGGGUUCUGUGACACAGGAGAGUGCUACUGCCAUGAUGGCUUCUUUGGCCUUGACUGCUCCCAGGUGCUUGCUCCUCAGAACCUGCAGCUGCUGAACUCCACUGAGGACUCUUUGGCAGUCAGCUGGGAUCGAAUGAUUGAUGUGGAUAAUUACCUCAUUAUCUAUUAUCCUCUGGGGUACGAGACCUUGGUGAAACAAGUCCAAGUGCCCAAAGAGAAGCUCAGCUAUGAGAUUGUGGGUCUCCGUCCCAGCACCGUAUACAAUGUCACGCUUCGUCACGUGAAGAAGGGGAUUGCCAGUGAGCCUGAGUUUCUAGAAGCAAGUACAGUCCUGUCCACACUCAGUGACAUAUGGGUCAUGGAGGAGAUGGAGAACUCCCUGGAAGUGGAGUGGGAGAACCCUCCUGCAGGUGUGGAUUACUACAAGCUGAAAUUCAGAUCCCUGGUGGAGAUGGAUGAGAAGCAGGUCACGGUGCCCAAAAGCAAUGACCCCAAGAGCAGACACAUCAUCACUGGCCUGAAACCUGGCACUGAGUACGAGAUUACUGUCAUACCUGUGAAAGAUGAUACAGAGGGCAAACCAUCCUCAGUGAGUGGCAGGACUGGAAUUGAUAGCCCAACCAAUCUGGUGACUGUCCAAGUGACAGAGGAUACAGCCACUCUCUCCUGGGAUAAAGUUCAGGCUCCCAUAGACAGGUACAUGGUGAGAUACACCUCAGUCGAUGGGGACAUCAAGGAAAUAGAGGUGGGGAAUGAAAACAACAACUUCACGUUACUGAGUCUGAAUCCAGGCACGGAAUACGUCAUCCACAUCUGGGCAGAGAGGGGAUCCCAGCAGAGCAAGAAGACAAGCACCAGAGCUGUGACAGCGAUUGACAGCCCAACUAAGCUGUUAACUGACCAAGUGACAGAGGAUGCAAUUAUUGUUUCCUGGAACAAAGUCCAGGCUCCAGUUGACAGAUACAGAGUGAAUUACUCCUCAGCUGAUGGGGAUACAGAGGAGAUAGAGGUGGAGAAAGACAGGAAUGUCACUACCUUGGCAGGACUGAAGCCAGGCAUGGAAUAUAUCAUUUACAUCUGGGCAGAAAAAGGAGAGCAACAGAGCAAGAAGGCCAGCACCGAGGCUAUGACAGAAAUCGACAGCCCAGCUCACCUGGUCACUAACCAAGUAACAGAAGACACAGCCACCAUUUCCUGGGACAGGGUCCAGGCUGUCAUAGAUAGGUACCUGGUGAACUACACCUCUGCUGAUGGUGACACAGAGGAGAUAGAAGUGGGGAGGGACAAGACUGCUGCUACCCUGACAGGACUGAAACCUGGCACCGAAUAUGUCAUCUAUGUCUGGGCAGAGAAGGGAGCCCGGCAGAGCAAGAGGACCAGCACUGAGGCGGUGACAGAAAUGGAUAGCCCGAAGAAUCUGAUGACUGACCAAGUGACAGAGGAUACAGCCACCAUUUCCUGGGAUAGCAUCCAAGCUCCCAUAGACAGGUAUAUGGUGAGCUACACUUCUGCUGAUGGGGACACCGCAGAGAUAGAAGUGGGGAAGGGCGAGAGCAUCACCACACUAACGGGACUGAAGCCAGGCAUGAAGUACGUCAUCUACCUCUGGGCAGAGCUGGGAAGCAAUGAGAGCAAGAGGGCGAGGACUGACACGCUGACAGAGAUUGAUCCUCCCAAGAACCUCCGUGUAUCAGAUGUGACUCAGUCUGCUGGUGUAGUUACUUGGACUCCUCCAGCAGCACAGAUUGAUGGCUAUAUUUUGACCUACCAGGGGCUAGGUGGCAGCAACAAGGAAGUGCAGCUGGGACCUAGCGACCAAAGGUUUGUGCUGGAAGGACUGGAGCAAGGAGUGAGGUAUACUAUCUCUGUGGUGGCCUAUAAGGGAGAUCGCCGGAGCAGAAAGGCAGGCAACACCUUCUCAACAGUUAGCUUCCUCUACCCAUAUCCAGCAGACUGCAGCCAGACGCAGCAGAAUGGAAAUGCCUCCAGCGGCAUGUACACCAUUUACCUGAAUGGAGAUGGCAGCAGACCGAUGCAGGUGUACUGUGACAUGACCACUGAUGGAGGCGGAUGGAUAGUGUUUCAGAGGAGGAGCACCGGUGAGCUGGAUUUCUACAAACGCUGGAGGGAUUAUGUGGAAGGCUUUGGAGAUCCAGCUGGUGAAUUUUGGCUUGGUCUUGACAAACUGCACAAUCUCACAAGCAGCACCCCCAUCCGUUAUGAGCUCCGGGUGGAUUUGCGGACGUCCAGUGAAUCUGCCUAUGCUGUCUAUGACUUCUUCCAGGUUGCCUCAAGCAGGGAUAGAUACAGGCUGUCAGUGGGAAAUUACAGAGGCAAUGCUGGGGAUGCAAUGACCUACCACCAUGGCUGGAAGUUCACAACAUGGGACAGAGACAAUGACGUGGCUCUCAGCAACUGUGCUCUGACACACCGUGGUGCAUGGUGGUACAAGAACUGCCACUUGGCCAACCUCAAUGGGAAAUACGGGGAGAGCAAGCACAGUGAGGGAGUUAACUGGGAGCCAUGGAAGGGCCAUGAGUUCUCCAUCCCUUUUACUGAGAUGAAGAUCCGUCCUCAAUCUUUUAGUAAUGAACCAAUCCUGGGGAGGAGGAAGAGGUCUCCAGCAGGAAAGAGGAAGAAGAUCAGGGAUUAAACAGACCUUUGUGCAGGACAAUGCCCAGAGAGGAUGAUUUGGUAUUUCUUAACAGAGUUAAGGUUUGGAUGGCUUUCUCCAGUACGUUGGAGGCAAUCACUGACCAACUUGCACCUGGUGAUCUCUGGAUCUGCAGCCCAGCCUGCUUCCAGUCUUUGGACCCCCAGAGACUGGGAGGGGGCUGAUGGGGAGCGUUCAGCUUGUAGCUCCCCUGGUUGGCUGAGCUAGACAAGGAUCUGCCUGAUUCAGUGUAUGCAACUCGCCUUUAUGAACUUUUCAUAAAAUGAGCUUUAACAUAUUCUGUUGCUUCUCAAAAAACAGCCUAAUGACUUCUCUUAAUUCUGUCCUUCUCUGUCACCAUCCACUGAAGCUUCAGGCUUCAAAAAGUUAAGUCUGAUCCCACUGAAAAAUAAAAAUUCCCUAAUUUAGGUUGCAGAGCACUUUCUUGAGUUGUUAAAAGCAAUAUUUUUAAGGCUAUAGUUUGAUGUGGUUUUCUCUCUGCCUUUCUGAUUUAAGCUUCCAUUUUCAGAAGAUGGAAGGAGACCAGUGAGUUUUAGUCUGUUCAGAAAUGGCUUUGGGACACCUCUCUUUGCAGCUUAUACAGGGCUGUGGCUGUUAGUUUGCAGCUGCUAAGGCAGGAGGCUUGAAUGCCCCUUCCAUUUAAAAUCUGAUAAACAUGUAACAACCUGAGAACUUGAACAUUUCUUUUUCGGUUAGUUUUUCAUAUGAGCUUUUCUUUUUUAUUAAACCUUGCAUUUUCCACUUCU